UUCUCUGAGCUCUGAGGAGGAAGCGUCAGAGGCCGCCGUGUCCGACAUUAUAGAAAACCCUUAAGCAACGGAGACUCCCGAGUAGUUCUAACCGCGUAUUCUCGCCACGAUCACGCGGACGAGGCGGAGCAGAGAGGCAGAGCCUGGGGCAGAGCCGCCCGGAGCCUGCUGCUGCUGUUGCGGUUGGGGGAUGCACAUCCGUCGCUUUGUUGUUGAGUCACCGCUUUGCCAAGGCCCUGCCAUUUGAGGGAGUCAUACAUUUCAUUGUGGACUGUGCUACUGGUUCCCUUGAUUAUACUAUUUUCGACGGAACCACAUCUGCCUCCACAAUGGCGUUAGAUAGCUAAGUGUAAGUGCCUUCUUCUGUCUGCGGGCUAGUUCCACUGUCGCCCCACUGUUUAGUCCGAAGACGAUGCUGAAGGUGUGUUCCGCGUCAGGACUGGAGCCGGGGCCCGUCGCGCCUCGGUAGUGGGACAGGUCGGAGCGGCCACCGAAAUGGUGACAAUGGAGACCGAGUGAAGAGCGUUUGUCCGGGACGGAGCCAGCAUAGACGUACCCAGGCUAACCCAACGGCACCAGUUCACCCCAGUAACAGGAACUGUUGUCCGGGCAAGGAUGUCACUACGCACCGCACUGCUUGGGAAUGAGAGGAACCCGGACCGGCAGGUAGCACUGUCCGGGGGCCAGUCGGAUAAGGCAUGUGCCUGGUCCAGUCGCUCACUGGGGGCCCGCUGUCGGAACUCCAUCGCAGUGUGUUCAGAUGAGCAGCCCCACAUCGGGAACUACCGCCUCCUCAAGACCAUUGGCAAGGGCAACUUUGCCAAAGUCAAACUGGCCCGCCACAUCCUUACUGGCCGCGAGGUCGCCAUAAAGAUCAUCGAUAAAACACAGCUGAAUCCCACUAGCUUACAGAAGCUAUACCGGGAGAUGCGCAUCAUGAAGACUCUGAACCAUCCCAACAUAGUCCAACUGUUUGAGGUGAUUGAAACAGAGAAGACCCUGUACCUGGUCAUGGAGUACGCCAGCGGAGGUGAAGUGUUUGACUACCUCGUGGCUCACGGCCGAAUGAAGGAGAAGGAGGCUCGAGCCAAGUUUAGACAGAUCGUCUCUGCGGUACACUACUGCCACCAGAAGAACAUCGUCCACAGGGACCUGAAGGCAGAGAACCUGCUGCUGGAUGCAGACGCUAAUAUAAAGAUUGCAGACUUUGGCUUCAGUAAUGAGUUCAGCGUGGGCAGCAAACUGGACACGUUCUGUGGUUCCCCACCCUAUGCCGCUCCAGAGCUGUUCCAGGGAAAGAAGUACGACGGGCCUGAAGUGGACAUCUGGAGCCUGGGAGUCAUCCUGUACACGCUGGUCAGCGGGUCACUGCCCUUUGAUGGACAGAACCUCAAGGAGCUGCGAGAGCGCGUGCUGCGCGGCAAGUACCGCGUGCCUUUCUACAUGUCCACAGACUGUGAAGUCAUCCUGCGCCGCUUCCUUGUGCUCAACCCCACCAAGCGCUGCUCACUGGAGCAAAUCAUGAGAGACAAGUGGAUAAAUGUGGGCUACGAGGGGAACGAGCUGAGACCUCACACAGAGCCUGCAGAGGACUUCAGCGACACCACUCGCAUCGAUGUGAUGGUGGGGAUGGGUUUCAGCAGAGACGAGAUCCAAGAGGCUCUGAAUGGACACAAGUACAAUGAGGUGACCGCCACCUACCUGCUGCUGGGACGCGCCGGUCAGAAGGAGGGCAGUGAGUUGCGCUCAGGUAGCACCCUGAAUUUAGCCCGAGCCCGGAACAUCACCAAUGGGACCAGUAAGCCCUCCUCCUCCUCCUCCUCCUCGGGGACGUCCUCCUCCAGCCACAAGCCUGUGCGCAGUGCCUCCACAUACCACCGCCAAAGACGCCACUCAGACUUCAGUGGCCCCUCACUGCCUGGGACCACACAGCCACGCCGCAGUCCCAGCACAGUGACCGAAGGACUGAAGGAGGGGCGCAAGACAGGCACCCCCACCCCGCCAAGCCCCAUGGUCAGCUCUGCACACAACCCCAACAAGGCCGAGAUCCCAGACCGACGCAAAGAGGCCAACUCCACCCCAGUGAGCGCACCAUCUAGUGCCAUGACACGGAGGAAUACUUAUGUGUGCACGGAGCGCUCCAGCUCUGACCGACACACACUGCUGCACAAUGGGAAGGAGAACAGCUCUGGGUCCUACCGCCUGCCCCCCGCAUCUCCCUCUACCCACAGUAUAGCAGGGGCCUCUGGGGUGAGUUCCUCACGCCUCUCACGGGGCUCCACUGUCCGGAGCACCUUCCAUGGGGGCCAGCUUCGCAGACCCCCAACACACGCGCCCCCCUCCUCCCCGACACCAUCCCACGACUCCAGCCUGUCAAGCAACGCCCGCUCCAGAGGCACCACAAACCUGUUGAGCAAACUCACUUCCAAGCUGAGCCGCAGGGUCACUCUUGACCCUUCUAAACGUCCAAGCUCAAACAAGUCCAUGUCGGGCUGCACCCUUCCCCUGGGGACAAAACCAGUUAGGUCACAGACGAACCUGAGAGAAUCAGCAGAUCUCCGCUCCCAAGUCGCCAUGUAUCUGGGCAUCAGAAAGCGAGCGAGCCCCGGACCCCCCGAUGUGGCUGGGAUGUGAAGGUGCGGAGCCCGAGGGACCCUGCAGAGGUGGUGCUGGCGCUGCGGGAGGCUGCACAGGCCUGCGGCUGUCAGGUGCACGUGGCGGGGCCGUUCCUCCUGUCCUGUACAUACGGGGCUGCGGGGGCCCGGGUGGCCUUUGAGGCUGAGGUUUGCCAGCUGCCCGGCGGGCCGGGACGCAGCAGCGGUGUACGCUUCAAAAGACUGUGGGGGGCACAGCUGGCCUUCAGGGACAUUGCCACCAAAGUGUCCAAGGAGCUGGAGCUCUGAGGGCCCUGGUGUAGGUACGCCUAGGCCAGGGUGCGCCUAGGGCAGGGUGUGCCAGGGCGGGGUAUGCCAGGGCAGGGGACCGCCUGACCACAGCACUGGCUCUCUGGCUCACUAAGACUCAUGUGUCUGCUGCCCCCCUGUCUGCUGGAGGACCUACAGACGGGACAUGUGAAAAUCGGACAUUGUGGAGUGCAUUUGCUGCCUGUGGGGGAGGGGCACACACACUGUGUUCAGUCUUUAAUUUAAGAAUGGCAGAUUUGUUCUUGAGCACUUUUCUAUUUGUUUUUAUAUCUGCUAUGUUUUGUUUUUUCUUACUACGCAUUUUAACAUGGGCAGUGCAAAGGAAUUGGCCACUUCCUAAUAUAAAGUUGAGAUGUUUUUUUUCUGAUCAAUCACAAUCUAAAACUAGAAGCAAUAAACAGUGUUUGAUUUCUGUUUCCUUCAUAUUUAUGAAGUAAAACGCUCUCCAAACUUCCCCUUCUCUGGUUGUCUCAGAGAUUCUGGAGUUUUCAUAGCGUUUUUUCUUAACUUAACAGCAAACGCUAAAUAGCUUCUUUUUUUUUCACAGCACAUUAGAACCACAUAAAUAGAAACAUUUUCUGGGUUUCCUCAGGGAGGUUUGGGCACAUCCUCUUUGGGAGCAUCUGUCUAUCUGUUUGUCUGUCUUUCUUUCAAAUGUGUCAUUAUCCAAGACAAAAGAGUCCAACCUGAGCAGCAAAGUCCUGUUCUUUGGCACAGCACUUCGCCCCUCUAGUGUAGCAUCUGACUGUUAGAGUGCUCCCCAUGCUUCCCAGUGUGGAUGUCCCAGAGAGGGUGAGUGGGCCCAAUGUGGAUGUCCCAGAGUGGGUGAGUGGGCCCAGUGCGGAUGUCCCAGAGUGGGUGAGUGGGCACAGUGUGGACAUCCCACAGUGGGUGUGUGGGCACAGUGUGGAUGUCACAUAGAGUGUGAGUGGACACAUUGUGGAUGUCCCACAGUGGGUGAGUGGGUACAGUGUGGAUGUUGCAGUGGGUGAGGGGCACAGUGUGGAUGUCCCACAGUGGGUAAGUGGGCACAGUGUGGAUGUCCCACAGUGGGUAAGUGGACACAGUGUGUAUGCCGCAUAGUGUGUGAGUGGGUAGAGUGUGGGUGUUGCAGAGUGGGUGUGGGCAGAGUUCCGAUGAGUGUGCAUGCCCAAAAUCCCACAGGCAUAGUGAACAGAACACAGAUUAGGGCCCUAAGAUUGGAGCUGUCCCACUCCACUGCGUUGGCAGCCUUCCCUCGUGUAACUGGACAGCCUUCAGAAGGAAACCCUCCUGACUUGACUUGAAAUACAUAUGGAGUGACUUGAUUUGGCUCUUUCUUUAGAUUGUUCAAUAAUUGAAUGUUUCUGCCGAGUUUAAGGCCCUCCAGGGGCCCUGUGGUAGGCUUCUUCUGUGGUAGGUCUUCGCUAUGGUAGGCCUCCCAUGUAGCAGGCUUGAAGAAAGCUCUGAGACCUGCAUGUCUCUUUGAAUCAUGUGGCACUCAAAUUAAAAACCUGUUCAAUAUGU